UAACACUUUAUGGACAAGUUUUGAAUGACUGUUAAUAAUUUAAGUUUAACAGGUAAUGUUGAAAGUAUAGUCUUAUUUCUAAUUUUUCGCAAUACUAUCCAAUAUUUCUUUCUAGGUACUGAAAAUCUAAACAAAUAUGAAGGAGCUACAAUUGAGUCUAACUUUUGGCUGAAUAAUGCAAAAGAUAUAUGUUGGAAAUUAUUGGAAACAGAAUUUUGUUCAUGCUGUUCAAGUAAUUCUUGUUUAGAGACAGAAAUGAUCACAGGUGGACUAUCAAACAAAUUGGUGAAAGUGUGGGCUAAAAAGAACUCAUUUUGUAAUGUAACAAGGCAAAAAAAUAUAGGUAAAUUGGAUAAAAUCUACUCUGUUAGAUUUUACAGUAAAGAAAGACAUCUAUUUGUUGAUGAAAAGAGAGACCAAUUAAUACAGAAACUUCUUUCAGAUUUUGAAAUGAGCAAGCAAGUAAUGUCUUAUUUUUCUGGUGGACAAAUAGAAGAGUAUAUUCAUGGUCAUUCUCUUUCUGUAGAACAAAUUAGACAGAAAUCGAUUUAUCUAAAAGUAUCUGAGAACCUGGCAAAACUACACUCAAUUCCUAUACAUGAAGCAAUAAGUGAACAAAUUCGCAGACAAUUUGGUGAAAUUGAAGAUAAGACUGACUCUCCAAUAUCUAUAUUAUGGCCAACUAUGAGUGUAUGGAUAGAUAGGGCAGAAAUCAUUGUGAAAAGUAGCGAUAAUCACCCUUGUUUAAACAUUAACUUCAAGGAGCUGCGUGGUAUUUUAAAAAAUAUCCACCUUUUUUUACAAAGAGAUAUUGGCUCUAUUUGCUGUAGCCCUAUAGUUAUUUGUCACUGCGACCUACUACCAGGGAAUAUUAUUUCUACAGAUGAAGGCAAUCUUAAAUUUAUUGAUUACGAAUUCGCAGGAACAGCUGAGUGUGCAUUUGAUAUUGCAAAUUAUUUCUGUGAGUGGGCAGGUUUUCUUUGUGAUUGGAAAUACCUUCCAACAGAAAGUGAGCAGCGAGAAUUUGUUUAUAACUAUUUAAGAUACCUACUUCUACCACCAGAUUCGAUAAUAUAUACUGAGAAUCUAGUUAAGAAGUUAAACGUUCAAAAUAACGAUCGCGAUACGGAAAAUAUAUGCCUUCACAUAGGAACAGGGAUUGAAAUAACAGAUCAGAUGGUUGACUGUAUGGUAUCAACAGUUCAAUUGUAUAUGCUGGUCUCCAAUAUAUUCUGGGGUUUAUGGGGAAUUUGUAAAUCAGAAGUUGUAUCAGGUGACUUUGAUUAUGGAACAUAUGCAUUAAAGAGACUCUCUUCAAUAUAUGGUACUGAAUUCCAGCAUGCUAUUAAUAAAAUAGUCAAGUUAAUAUAA